UUAAAAUAUUAUUAACAUGUGAUAAAAAUAUAUAUGAUGGCUUGAUAAAAUAUUUUCUCUCUUUUUUAUUGUAUAUAUAUAUAUAUAUAUAAAGGCAAUAUCAACGAAAAAUCUAAAAGAUGGGAAACAAAUAAAUAUGCUAAUCUUGAAUAGUGAUUAUUCCAAUAUAUCUCUCGAGAGGUUUCGCUUGUUUUGCCGAUAACAUUUCAUUGUUGUCAAUUAUUAUUAUCAGUACAAGAAUAAAGUCUACGUGCCUUGGAAUAUAUUUAUGAUUAAUUCACCUUCUAUCAUCACUCAUGAUUCAUUAUUAAACAUCCUACGAGGGGGUUUGAAUUGACCCUUUCCGUUUAAACAACUCGCAGUCUCUGUUUGGCUCUUGAAAGAGAACGUUCAUUAUCCUUAUUGUUUAUCAGUUUCUCCCCUUAUUUGCUAUUUUUUUUUUUUUUUGCUUCCUUGUUUACUCCUGAGAGAGUAAAAAAAUGUCUACUGAGACAUUUUUAACUCCUGGUCAAUUAAUCAAGCCAAUGAUAAAUCAAGAAACUGCCAUUGAUAUUGUGAAAAGAGUUUAUGGAUUAAAUGUGAUAAAAAUCAUUGAACUUAAUGCAUACGAUGACAAGAAUUAUCAUAUUUUGUGUGAGACGAAAAAAUUUAAUAAUCAACAUAUUAAUAAAAUUAGUGAUGAUGGUUAUAUUUUGAAAAUUGUCAAUUCAUUGGAUUCGAAAAAAAUAAAUGUCAUUGAUGCACAAACGGAGAUGAUGAUUUUUCUUAAUGAAAAUGGAAUUUGUUGUCCAAUGCCAAUUAAAUGUAUUGAUGGUAAUUAUUUUUCAUUGGAAAAUUUAAAAUCAUCAACAACAAGUGAUGAUAAAAAUGUUGUACGAUUAUUGAUUUAUAGACCUGGAAAAUUAUUAAUAAAUGUGAAAAAAACAAAUGAACUUAUGUUUGAAGUGGGCAAAUAUAUUGGCACAUUGAGUAAUAAAAUGCAAGAAUUCAUACAUACCGGUUAUGAUAAUCAUGAGACAAUUUGGAUGUUACAAAGUGUACCAAAAAUACGUGAAUUUCUUGAUGUUUUAAAUCAAGAGAAUCAAAAAAUUGUCAAUAAUAUUGUUAAUGAAUUUGAAUUGAAAGUAAUUUGUUGUCUUGAUUAUUUUGAUAAGGGUUUCAUUCAUGGUGAUCUUAAUGAACAAAAUAUUGUUAUGGCUGAUAAUGAAAGGCAAAUAAGUGCUAUUAUUGAUUUUGGUGAUUCGUCGAAAAAUUGUUUAAUUUUUGAUUUAACAAUAUCAUUAACUUAUAUGAUGUUACAAACAGAGAAUCUUGAAUCGGGAAAAUACGUUAUUCAGGGAUACGAGACUGUUAGAUAUCUUAGCGAUAAGGAAAAGUCAAUUAUCAAAAUUUGUGUUUGUGCACGAUUAUGUCAGAGUUUAGUACUUGGACUUUAUUCACAUAAAAAUGAUCCAAAUAAUGAAUAUGUACUCACCACACAAAAAUCCGGUUGGAAAUUGCUCAAUCAACUUUGGUUUAUGAGUGAUGAUACAAUUUCACGAAUUUGGAAUAUUAAUUAAUUGUUUGUCAAUUAAAAAUUUGUUACUAGUUAUUAAAAAAAUAAUCAAUUAUUUAUAAUUAAACAAAAAAAAUUAAUAAUAAUUUUUAAAGUAAAUAAUUGCAAUUAAAUCGACAAAUUUGUUAAAUCAAAUGAAUAAAGAACCAAAUAUUAAAAAAAAA